UGGUCUCAUCCUGAAAAUUAAAUUUCACCCACGAGCAGCACAAGAAAGACCAUAUAUCCAUCCUCGCUUUCUGACUCCCCCUGGCUCAUUGGUGGUUUUUAGACCGCUUGGGCGGACACAACUGGCCACAAACAAGCAAAGGAGCCCUCUUACUUACAGUCAACCACUGAACAUCCACCUGCACGGACGGAGGUGCUCGACCUCGGGCAAAAAUACGAGAUAACGCGUAGUGACAUGAACGGCAUUUCGUGAUUCUACAUUCGGUAUCCACCGAAAAUCACUCGAUAAUCCCUCAGUGUUACAUGUGUUCAACCGGCAAUCCCUCCGACAAAAUAAAAUACUCCUUCUUCCUAAGUCUAAUUAAUAAUUAAUUUUUUGAUUUUCGUGAACUUUGAAAUGCUACCAUUAACGACAAGGAGACACUUGAGUGUCGCGAUAGUAUUACUGAUCAGCUCAAGUGGAUUUGCUAGUGAAAAGCCGCGGAAAUGCGCGGGCAGUGGCGUUGAACUCAAAUACGUCUGGGGAGAUGCAAUGACAGAUUCGCCUGAUUGUGUCGGCCCUAAUGACACCCACUAUCCAGUUGCAGCAAUAGCAAGAAACUUGAAAAAUCUCUGGGGAAAUAGUCGUACAGCUCGUGUUUACAAUCAUAACAACCGCGUUACAGACCCUGAAAUAACGCGCCAAGCGCUCCUCCACAAUUACAAAGUCUCAAGGAGUGAAUAUACCCUGGGUACAUCACGAAACGGUCGAAGUUAUACACCAAAGGAAACAUGCGGAUCACCAGGUCGACUGUGCAAGACGCGGUACAACACAACAGCACCGAUGUACGGGGUCAGUCUGACUAGCGGUCAGCCGGUAACGAUCGUACAAAAAUUCCCCGACCUACUACAGCAGGUGGUCUUCGAAGUUUGCGAAUCCAAAGAAUGUGAUGUUGUUCAUGGUGAAUGCACGCAAACAUACGUACCAUACCUUUUCCUGGUGAUUCCCCUGGGCCCAGUAACUCUGACAGGUCAAGACUACGUUCUCGUGGAGAGUGGAUGUGUCUGCAAGCCCAGGAACUUGGUGAAUUCCCACCAAGAAGUGCCCACUGUUCCCAAACUUUAAUUAAACCAAUUAUUCAAAGGGAGAAUUUACUCGUUUCACCGUGGUUUUCUGUGAAAACCAGGAGUAUCAUAAUUAGUAAUUAAAAAAAAAUGUAAUACGGAAGAUGAAGAACAACUAUUCAUGGUCGCCUCCGCAGUUGGGUUCUUGACCCAGGACACCCGAGGCUUUUCCCACGCUCAAUUCUUCCCAACGAAACAAGCCAUAACGGUUGCACAAAGGAAACUCCAGUGACCGAUGAGGAAUGAGUGACCUAAUAAAAUCGUACAUUCCCAUAUUUUCUGGUUUAUUUUUACAAUAACUAGGAGGUGGAGGGGCCGAUCGACCAAUUCGGAAGAUGAGUCAAAUGGAUUUUAAAAUGAUUUUUUUGUAAAAUACAUCCAAUUGACCAUUUUUACUCUAGUAACGUCCAACCAAUGCGAUUUAAAUAAAAUGGCUUCUCUUAUUUAUGGAUUUAUCUAAAAAGGAUGAAAAGUCAUGUAAUAUUUUUUUUUCGGGAAUUCAAUUUCCAACAAACAAUGUCCUCGUAAAAGCGCUCGUCCCGAGCAUCAUAGCACAUUGAAACAAAUUUCAAAAUUCAUUGGAUAAGGCAAAGUUAUUCUUUAUAUUGACAAAUUUGUUCCCAAAGCGGUUGAUAUUACAAAAAAAUAUCAUUAAAUAUCUUUGAUAGGGAAUCAAGUUUUAAAAGAAAAAUGUUAUUAUUCUGAAUUGACGAUUAUUUUUAUUAAAAUUAACUUCAUUGAUCAUCUCCCGGAAAAACCUGACGAUUGAUUAACGAACAUAGUGAGAAAUCCCGCUGAGAUAAACUCAGGAGCCUCGAAGCGCAACUCGAAGUCCUCAUUGUGCCCAACUGGUACACCACCCAAAAAAUCUCACAUUGGUUUCGCUCGGAAAAUUCUUCGGGUCCAGAGGAUUAUCGGCUAGACCAAGAGAGUCUUGCCCUCGCGCUAAAAUGAAGAGAAUCUCCCGGUGACCGACUGUAUCGUGCAUUACACUAUGAAUUCCGAUGAGUGGCUGACGUACCGUUACUUGUUUGCGGGAUCAUUCACCUUGACUUUUUUUUUUAUCCUUCUUUUCGUGGAGGGAUCACUCCACCGAACGUCGCGAAGACACUGACGUGAUAUUAAUUGCUAUUGAUUUGGCAAUGGUGACUCAGUGGACGGAGGAAUAAUUUUAUUUUUAGAUGAAUAGUUCAGGAACAUAGAAUAACGAAGGAAUUCUUAUCUAAGAGACGAGUUUCAGCUGAAAUAGAGGAUCUAUUUUCCUUGAAUAAGGGUUAAAUUAUCCUUUCCGAUGGAGCAGAUUCAAUUUGUUUGCCCCUUAAGACUAUUUGAGCUUCAUUCAUGUUUAAGGGUCAUUUCACUUUAAUAUGAUGCAAAACUCGCCUGUAAAUGAGGGUCAAAAUGCUUCAAGAGUCAAAAGAUGUUUGGAAUUGAGGGUCAAAUUAUCAUUCAUUUCUCAUUAAUGUCUUUUUUUUAACUUACUUGCUCCUCCCUAAGCACCCUGCAGGACUUAUUGACCCUCAAUUCCAAACGUCUGCAACUUUUAUGAUCCUCUAAACCAUUUCACAUUUGAGUAAAGCGUAAAAAUGUGCUUUAAAUUCAAGGUAGCUCCCAAAAACUAUCCUAGUAAAUGAAAAAAUAGCAUGUUCUUAAUUGAAAACAUUCAUGUGCUAUUACUUCUGGAAAAUUCAGGGUCAAUUAGUGUUGACACCUUUAAUUAUUCAAGAUUAAGGGUCAUUUGACUGUCAAAACUCUUUGACACUCGAAAUCCCCUUUAGCAUCGAUAAAUAUUGAAUAAAAACUAUCGUAACACACAGAACAGGCCAAAUGUUCACCACUACGACCGCAAAAUGCAGUUCCAGAUCAGAUGGUCUUGUGAGUCGAAGAACUCUCAACGCGGUAAUGCUACUUUCACCAAAAACACCCAUGAAAAUAUCCCAGAAAUAGUAAAUAGCAAUAAAAUUCAAUGCUCUUCAUUCCACUGAAGCACCCCUUACUUAUAAUUAGCUCAUAAAUUCGUCGAUUUAAUAAUCAAAAAUGUUAAUAUCCCUAGAUCAAACCAAUUACACCUUCAUUUCCAUGAUUUAUUCACUCUAUUUAUUGUAUAUUCACCCUACCAGCCACACCUCACUUGCCUUAUCUGUUACUCUCGCUGUUAACAAAUAUAUUAACUCCCAGAAUGAUCAUUCCCAACGAUGAACACUGAAUACAGAUUCAAUGUAAAAUUGACCUCCACAUGUAUGUACGAACGAUAAAGCUGAUAAUUUAUUUGAAAAAAAAGUGAAUAAUAGACUGACUCUUUGUGUAUUUUUCUUUUAUAGUUUUAAUAAUCCUCAUUUACCUACUUCUCAUUUACUUCAAAAAUAUACAAAUAAAUAACCGAUCGAUACAAAUGGUAAUUUUGUAUAUUUUCAUAUUAAAUACUCAACACUAAUGCAUACUGAAUACAUUGUAAUAUCAAUCGAGGAAACGAUAUUCAUUUAAUCCUCGAGAAAAAUCAAAACUAAUAAUUAAACUUUGGAGCACCAUUAGCUGCAAUGCUCAACAGUGAAUAAAUCUAUUGAAAUAUAUCAUAAUAAAUGAAUAGAUAACGGUCGUUGCUUUUUCCAACAUUCGCAGUUUUAAAAUCAUUGAUAGCGGAAAAAAUAUGUUUAUAUCGAUGAAAAAUAUUGUUUUAUAACUGUCAUGAUUAAAUGAAUUGAGGUACCAAAUUUUUUUUGAAAAUAUUUUCAAUCAAUUGUUCACAAUUGUUUGUAAUUUAUUCAUUUCAGAUCAUUUGUUCCUUCAUACGUUCAUUCUUCUGGAUAUUUAUGUUUGAUUAGCAUUUCAGAAGCUCAAAUGAUUACAUGGAACUUUAAUACUCGUAAAUGUUAUAACACAAUUAUAUUUAACAGGCGUUUAACACAAUUUUUCUCAUUGCUGCUACAUUCAAUCCGUCUCGGAAAGUGCCUUUUCAUUUACUAGUAAAUGAAAAAUGACACAGUUCGCCACUCCCUGAACGCAACAUCACUAACAAAAACUAUAGUUCAGAUACACAUGCGACGGGGUGUUUUAACUCGUGUGAUUAUCAACUUUACACUCGUUACUCCGCCCGUCGUACCUCUAUCGAAAUAUACUUUUUCAACAGUUUUUCACAUGAAUGAAUUUACCGUUGACGUGACAAUUCAUUUCAAUACAUGAGAAAUAUGAAAAACAUAGUAAACUAUACUGUAGAGUACAACCAAAUCGAAUAUAAUAUCGAAUAUUAUUAUAUAAGAGAGACUAGGACAAAAUAAAACUUGUUCAAUGGAUAAUGACUCGGAAACCGCAGAAUAAAAUCAAAAAGUUUUGUUGUUUUUUCAAAGCCUCAAAACAGAGAUUAAAGAGAAAAACAAGUUGGUCUUCACUCUACUGGUUCAAAGUUAUCAACCAUUGAAUUCAUUUUCUCCCGCAUUCUCCUAUUAAUAUUAUUAUAUAUUGCUAUAUAUUAUUUGUUAAUAUUAUAUUAUAUUAUACUAUAAUGUUAGUAUUGUAUUUGAUCGUACAUCGCAGUAUUUUCAUUUAUAUCUUUUUAUAUUUUUUUACCAAAUGAAUUCUCAUGUCAAAAAAGAAUAUUUAUUCACUUUAAAGACUGUAGAAAAUCAUGCCAAUUAUUGCAGUAAAUUUUAAUAUCGAAUUGACCGAUAACUGCAAGUGUAAUAAGUAAAACUAAGUUCUACAAUGAAAUGAUAAAGCUGAAGUCAAGUCAACUUAUCGUCAGCGUGGUUGCUUGAUAAAUAUCUCAAAAUCCAGAAGCGAUGAAAAAGUUUCAUGAAGACUUUUUUUGUAAAACUUAUUCUUUUCUAAAGGAAAAAGUUACCUCAAAAAUUUCGUCAUUUAAUGUAUUUCUCAUAUAUUAAAUGGCGAAAUUAAUGAGAUAACUAUAUAACAAUAAUUUUCAUCAAAUUCCCAGCUCAUUGGAAAAAUCUCAAAAAAUUGUGAAUCCCAUAUUAUGGGUUCAUUAAUAUCCUACAAGAGUCUCUAGCCACGUUAUCACCAUGCACCCACUCAUAAAACAUCCUGUUGAAUCACUAGUUCUCGUACUCAUUGACAGUUCAACCUUAAUAGAUACAAUGCAGCAAAUCAAUGUGAUUUAUAGGGAAAAAAAAUAGUGCUCUCAAACAAAUGUGGAGAAACAACGACCUGAAUAACAAUUUUUUAAUUAGUUAAGGAAUCAAAUGCAACAAGUUUUCAACUGAAGAAUAAAAUAAUAGACAAUUGUAUCGUCUUCCCACGAUAAUUUAGUCGAAUUAAAAGAUAAAUUAAAUAUAUAACAAGUUUAGUUUUUACUUGGCUACUAUAAUUACAUCUUUGGAAGGACAAUCAAAGGCAAUAAUAUGCUUUAGAAAAAUUUAAACUACUCUAUGCUGCCGGCAAUAGGUGAUUGGAGGAGUGGGCGAUAAAGAUUUGAUGAAUUUCUUUGUUUUUCUUGACAUUUCUCAAAUGUUAAAAAAUAAUACGGAAAAAUGUUGAUGUGUCCUCUGAGAAAUGAAUAUCUUCCCACGGAAAUAUCAAGAGAGUUGUCAAAAAUAUAAUGUAAAAACAGAAAAAUAAUUAUCUUAACAGUAAAUCAUGAUUUCAGCGGGAUCAGAAUUUUUUUUGUAGAACUUAAUUAAUUCGGUAAAUAUGUGAUUUUCAAUUCUUUUGAUAAAAUUAGAUCACAUUUUUUGAAUAUUAAAUAAUUCCUUCGAUAUAUUGUCGUGGAUAAAUUGUAUUUUAUAAUUCUCUAAUGAAGUGGUAAAGCAAGGUAAAUUACCUUAUCGUUAAUCUUAUUCUCCAAUGGAAAUCUAAAAAAUUAUGAAAACUGGCGGAGCUUUCAUGAUUUUUAUUUUUUUGG